UCACACGCACCCAGUGCUCGUCUGUCUCCCUUACUCUUAGCUUACGGUUAUUCUCAGGGUUAGGGUUUAUCCUAAGAGCCAGGAGCUUCUUCUCCAAUGGACCCGACCAAGAAGCGAAAGCUGGACGAGAACGGCGUCGUCCCCCCCUCCACCGACGUCGACCCCUCGAUCCCGAAACUCACCCCCGAAGACGUCCGUAAAAUCGUCGACCGCAUCGACAAGGACAAGCUCCUCGACAUCGUGGCGGCCGCGGCUGCCCGCCACGUUGACGUGCUUGACGGCGUGCGAGCCCUGGCGGACUCGGACUCGUCGCAGCGCAAGCUUUUCAUCCGCGGACUCGGUUGGGACACCACCACGGACGGCCUCCGCACCUUGUUCUCUUCCUACGGAGAACUCGAGGAGGCCGUGGUCAUCCUCGACAAGCAGACCGGUAAGUCCAAGGGCUACGGCUUCGUCACCUUCAAGCAUGUCGACGGCGCUCUCCUCGCCCUCAAGGAGCCCAGCAAGCGGAUCGAUGGUCGCGUCACAGUCACGCAGCUCGCCGCCGCUGGGAACACGGGCGGGAACGCGAACGCCAACACCGCCGACGUGGCGAUGCGCAAGAUCUACGUCUGGGAGGUGCCACACGACAUGUCGCCGGAUAAGCUCUUGUCCCAUUUCUCGUCGUACGGGGAGAUCGAAGAGGGGCCACUUGGGUUCGACAGGUUCACCGGGAAGUCGAAGGGGUUCGCGCUGUUCGUGUACAAGACCAUGGAGGGGGCACAGGCGGCGUUGGCGAGUCCGGUAAAGAUGAUCGACGGGAGGCAGUUGAAUUGUAAGUUGGCGAACGUGGAUGCGAAGAAAGGGAAGCAAGGAGGGCCGCUGGGUCAGCCUGGGCCCGAUGGGGUUCAGGGCCAGGUUGGGGCUACUGGGAACGACGGUAUGGGGAUGGGGAUGGGAAUGGGCAUGGCGCAGGGUGGUUCGAUGCCGGGGUCGCAGUACGGCGGACCGGGCUCGAUUGGCACGUAUGGCGGGUUUCCGGGUGGGCCGCCGAUGGGUCAUCAUCCAUUAAGCACGACGUCGUUGGGAGGGCCGGGGUUGUCGUCGGUAAAUAGCCAGCAGCCAUCCUCGUUAGGAGGGACUGCUGGGUUUGGUACUGGGCUGGGUGGGCCUUAUGGUGGGUAUGGUGGCAUUGGUGGGACUGGUGGUGGAUUGGGUGCUGCUGGUGGUGGGUCGUCUUCAUUGUAUAGAAUGCCCCCGACUUCUGUGGGAAUGCCUUCUGGUGGGUAUCCGGAGAGUGGGCAUUAUAGCUUGUCGUCGGCUUCGUCUGGGUACCAAAGUCAGCACCACCAGCCAACGGGGACCUCCCCGGUGCCAAGGGUUCCACCUGGUGGUGCGGGCAUGUACCCAAAUGUGCCGCAUUACUUCUGAGGUAAGACAUAAGAGCUGUUUCUUUUAGUGGUGCCCCAAGAAGGUGUAUGACAGCUUAUUCGGCGCUGAUGCUUUAUGUGGUUCUGGUGAUUGCGUGAUUGCAGAGUUUGAUGAAUGUAUUAGCUGUUCCUUUACAGGCUCUUCAUCUGCACCUUUAGUAUUGUGGUUCUUUUCUGAAUGCUUGUAGUCAAAGCAGCUGAGUUAGAUUAGUUGUGUACUUCCAUCUGGAGCCAAUGUGCCAUCUGGGCGUUUUAUUAAUAAUAUAGUCUAAAUAAUAUAAGUACUGAAAUUAUGCUUUGCCCUUCUUUACUGAAAUGUAUGCUUGGUUUCAUA